AGCCCACUUUGUAUCCUCAUCUCUUACACUGUCAAUUUGUCAAUUCUUUCCAAUAUUCCUUCUACACCUUCAGAGUAGCAGACAUGGAAAGUUCACAGCCUCUUUCUAUUGAAAGUUUCUCAUAUAGUUGGUUAGUGAACCUGAGGCCAUCACUAGAAAGCCUAGAUAGCUCUCUGAGAACUUCUCUCGAUGCAUCUGAUGAAGCUUCCUUCAUUGAGAUGGACCCAAGAAUGCCACCAUCUAAAAGAUUCUUUAAGAAUUCACAAGAUUCAAAAUUUGACUUUCCAAUUUCUCAGUCCCCUCUUACUCUUGUUCAUGCAGAUGAACUCUUUUCCAAUGGUUACCUCAUGCCCCUUUUUGUUGAAUCUUUGAACAUGGAAGAACAUGAGUCCUCAGACUCCAACACAAGCCUGGUUUCAUCUUCACAUGCACAAAAAAGUACUGUUCCUACAGGUCAUUCUAGUUGCCUUUCCUUAAAAAGGUGCAGAAAAUUAUCAAGGAGAAUAUUUCAGAAGUAUCUUUAUUUCUUAAGGCCUUUGUGUGAAAAGCUAAGGGGUCACAAAUCAAAUACUGAAACUGUAGCUAAAAGAGCUGAGGCAGUAAAGAAUAGGAAAUACUAUUCAGAAACAUCCCCAAGAAUUAGUGUAGCCUUUUCAGCAGAUGAUUGGCGCAAGUCUUGUGAUUCUGAAAGCUCAAUAUAUGAGGCAGUUCUCCAUUGCAAAAGAUCCAUUGAGAGUAUGAGUUAACGAAGCUGCAAAAAGGGAGGGAGAAAGUGAAGCAAAAUGAGAAGAGAUUAAAUUUGAUCUACUGUCACUGUAGAACUUUUUAUACUAUGAGGGCAAAAAGAUGGCACUUCAUUGUUCUAGCUAAGCUUUUUCACUUCUUGUGGAAGUUUUUAACUAUUUUUUCAAUAGGUGGCAUCAUAUGGUUCUCUCAUAGUACUAGUAUCAAAUUCAAAAACAGAAUAAGCGGAAAAAAAAAAAAAGGAAAGGAAAGGAAAGAAGAAUAGUCACAUGUGAGCUGAACAUGCAUGAGGCCAAAUUAUCAGCAGCCACUCAUUCUGUCUCCAUUCUCCU